UUCACCCAUCAGGACUCAGCUGACAAGUAUUAUUUACAUCUUCAAAAUGCCAUGGCCAUACUCUAUGAGGAUUUUUAAAUUUGGCAAGUCAGAGGUGUCACACAGAUGCAGCUCACGCUGUGUCGGUCCUCUGACCUUCGACAGUCAAGCUGUGGGAGAAAAGAUCCGCCUGAGUCAUGGAGGUCGACUCGCAGAGAAGACUGAGAACACCUUCAAGAAUGGGCUGGUGUUCAGCAGCCGUCCAGUGAAGGUCCAGGAGAAGAUUCGUCUGAGAGUAGAGAGGGAUUCGACCAUCUGGGACGGGGCUCUGCGUGUGGGCUUUACCACUGUGCCACCCUCAGCCAGAUCUCUACCUCUGCCCUGCAUGUCCAUCCCCAAUCUCACUGACAAGCCGGGACACUGGGCUGUUCCACUGGAUGAAUCUGUUUGUCAAGCAGGUUCAGAGCUGGAGUUUUGGGUUUCUUCUCAUGGCAGCAUAUACGUAGGUGUCAACAACGAGGAGUACGAGCGACUAACAGGAGUGGACAUGAAACAGCCACUGUGGGCCAUGAUAGACAUCUACGGACAGACGCGCUCCAUUUUAUUCCUGGGUAAGUUCACUAGAACCACAGUUAUAUUUGACCUGCAGAAUGUUUUUCCUGUUCUGUGA